AUGAGCAAACGGAAAGCGCCGCAGGAGACGCUCAACGGGGGGAUCACCGACAUGCUCACAGAACUCGCCAACUUUGAGAAGAACGUGAACCAGGCGAUCCACAAAUACAACGCUUACAGGAAAGCAGCAUCUGUAAUAGCAAAGUACCCAGACAAAAUAAAGAGUGGAGCAGAAGCUAAGAAACUGCCCGGCGUUGGAACAAAAAUUGCUGAAAAGAUUGAUGAGUUUUUAGCAACUGGAAAAUUGCGUAAACUGGAAAAGAUUCGGCAGGAUGAUACAAGUUCAUCUAUCAAUUUCCUGACUCGAGUUACUGGUAUUGGUCCAUCUGCUGCAAGGAAGUUUGUAGAUGAAGGAAUUAAAACAUUAGAAGAUCUCAGAAAAAAUGAAGAUAAAUUGAACCAUCAUCAGCGAAUUGGGCUGAAAUAUUUUGAGGACUUUGAGAAAAGAAUUCCUCGUGAAGAGAUGUUACAAAUGCAAGAAAUUGUACUAAAUGAAGUUAAAAAAGUGGAUUCUGAAUACAUUGCUACAGUCUGUGGCAGUUUCAGAAGAGGUGCAGAGUCCAGUGGUGAUAUGGAUGUUCUUCUGACCCAUCCAAGUUUUACCUCUGAGUCAAACAAACAGCCAAAACUGUUACAUCGCGUUGUGGAGCAGUUACAGAAGGUCUGUUUUAUUACAGAUACUCUGUCAAAAGGUGAAACAAAAUUCAUGGGUGUUUGCCAGCUUCCCAGUAAAAAUGAUGGAAAGGAAUAUCCACACAGGAGAAUUGAUAUCAGGUUGAUACCCAAGGAUCAAUAUUACUGUGGUGUUCUCUAUUUCACCGGGAGUGAUAUUUUCAAUAAGAAUAUGCGAACUCAUGCCUUAGAAAAGGGUUUCACAAUCAAUGAAUACACAAUCCGUCCCCUAGGAGUCACUGGAGUUGCUGGAGAGCCCCUGCCGGUGGACAGUGAGAAAGACAUUUUUGACUACAUCCAGUGGAAAUACCGAGAGCCCAAGGAUCGGAGUGAAUGA